AUGGCCGGCGCCAUUCAUCUAUUCUCUCGUCCACCAUCUUCUGUCAUGAGCGACUGGUCGUGGCCAUCGGACACCGACAGCGAGGGGAAGCCGCCAGGAUGGCGGCAUUGGUGGGAUCGCGUUGCAUCGUCCAGCAGCGACGAUUCCCCCCCGCCGUCCAGCGAAGAAGAAUGGGAUGACGACGAGGAGGAGGACGAGGAGGAGGCCGUGGAGCAGGCCGUGGAGCCGGCCGUGGAGCAGCCCGAGGAGCAGGCCGAGGAGCCGGCCGAGGAGCAGGCCGAGGAAGAAGCCGAGGAGCAGGCUGAGGAGGAGGAGGACGCAGAGGCGAAGGCACCUUCCUCCGACGAGGAGAUCGGGAAGACAAGGGUAGUGCCGUAG